CACACCCCCACCCACCACCUCCAAUGAUCCACUUCCCACCACACAAAACAUCUCAAUCACGAUGCUACAUCACCAAAACAAUGCUCACACCUUCCCCAACUGGUCCAUCCCGCCCACAGCGCAUUAUCAACACUCAUCCCUUCAAUGCAUCACUUGACCUUGUCUUGCCCACCGAGCUGUAUGAAUGUGUACGGGAUCAGUUGCCGAGGAUGGAGUUUUGGUCUGCGGAGGUGCCGUUGGGGAGGUUUUUGGAGGGUGCUGUUUUGGAUGGGUUGAUCAAGAAUGGUUUCUUGUUGGCGCUCAGCGACACCCAAAUCGACUCCCAAGAUACCUUUUGCAUUGCAGAUGGCGUACUACGGAUGGCGCUUACAAAGGAGACAUAUGAGAAAGCAGGGUUGGAGGGGCAUGUAUCGAAAUUUGGGAAGAAGAGACGGUGGAAUGUUACUGUUGAUCUGAAAGCGUCGGGUAUGGUGGCUGGGAAGAAGGAGUUUGAGAGGUUGCGGUGGUCAUUCACGGAGACGUUGCUCUCCGCACCCGUACAGUUCACGUUCGCCGUGGCGAAAGCUACGCCAGAGUUGAUAUUGGUGCUCACUACACACCUCUGUCCCGGUGCUGCGUCAAUGAUGGUAGCACCUAACGUCCGAAACCCAUCACAAGCAUUGGCAGUGCCCUCAUUCACUCCGCCAGAAGGAUGUACACUAGGCGAUGAUUACUGGAAAGAAUGGGCGUUGGAUUUACACGAAUGGAUUGCACUUGCCCAGCUUGGCUCAGAUAGGCUAUGGGACACCGAUACUGGCCGCAUCGACCCAUAUUACUCAACCUACGCGCCACCUCCCCCCAACCCAUCCUCAACACCAACCUCGCUAACACACAUCUCCUACAUGGGCGGAUUGAUCCCCACCACAAUCAUCACGGAUAUAUUCGAUCUACUAUGGGCAAAUGCGAGCGACGCACAAUGCUGGUCACUGAAUGUCCAAGGAAGCGAGGAUGCGCCAAUAUCAUGGGAUGGAAGAGAACACGGGCGGGAUAAAGCUGGGAGUGGGGAGCAUGGGUACACGAUUUUGAGGAUGGGGAGUCGGGAGGAGGAGGUUGGUGAGGAGGGGUUGAUGUGGGAGGUCGUUGGUGGGGAGGAUGAGUAUUCGUAGUUUGGGAUAUGGAGAACACAAGUCAU